GUAAGAGUUUUGAGAUGUGGUGAGCAGAAUUGGAUAGUCUUUCUCACAGGUUGUGAUGGGAGUGUGUAAGACGUGCUUUGUCUCCUGAGUGCAGCCUGCAGGCGUCUGGUCUGAGUGCUUCCUAAGAACACGGAGACGACUUGCCCUUUGACCUGGACUUCCUUCCUCCACGUGUAGUCAUUGUGACUCUGCUUUUUUUCCCCUGCCGUCGGCUGUCAGCUGUAACUCUUAGCUUUUUCCAGGUCUGGUUACACAGACUCCGCCGGAGCCUGGCAGUGAGUAACGGAUGCUCUGGUUACACAGCCUCCGCCGGAGCCUGGCGGUGGGUAACGGAUGCCUCUGCAGGUCUGCAGGUGUGCAGGUCUCCCGUUACUCUGCUCAUGCUGUGUUCAGAAUGAGGAUGGCCAACGUCUGCUGAUUGGCAGAUUUUCUGUUACUGUAUCGGCCUGUCUGUGACAUGUCUUCCCCACUCCUGAGUCCAGCUUUGGGCAGGGUGCAGAGUCUGGCUCAGCUGGAGAUCCUGUGCAAACAGCUGUAUGAGAGCACGGACACAUCGACGAGGCUGCAGGCGGAGAAGGCCCUGGUGGAGUUCACCAACAGCCCCGACUGCCUGAGCAAGUGCCAGCUCCUCCUGGAGAGAGGCAGCUCCUCUUAUUCCCAGCUGCUGGCCGCCACAUGUCUUUCCAAACUGGUGUCACGCACCAGCAACCCUCUCCCACUGGAGCAGCGCAUUGACAUCCGGAACUAUGUGCUGAAUUACCUGGCGACGCGGCCGAAGCUGGCGGCCUUCGUCACGCAGGCUCUGAUCCAGCUGCACGCACGCAUCACCAAGCUGGGCUGGUUCGACUGCCAGAAGGAGGACUAUGUGUUCCGCAACGUCAUCGCCGACGUCACCCGCUUCCUGCAGGACAGUGUUGAGCACUGCAUCAUAGGAGUUACUAUUCUUUCCCAGCUAACCAAUGAGAUUAACCAAGUAAGUUCCUCGGCGCUCCUGUCUGACGCAGACGCCACACACCCCCUGACCAAACACAGGAAGAUCGCAUCAUCGUUCAGAGACUCCUCCCUCUUCGACAUCUUCACCCUGUCCUGCAACCUGCUGAAACAGGCCUCGGGGAAGAACCUGAAUCUGAACGAUGAGAGUCAGCACGGCCUGCUCAUGCAGCUCCUCAAACUGGCGCACAACUGUCUCAACUUCGACUUCAUCGGCACCUCCACCGACGAGUCCUCCGACGACCUGUGCACCGUACAGAUCCCCACCAGCUGGAGAUCCGCGUUCUUGGACUCUUCCACCCUGCAGCUGUUUUUUGACUUGUAUCAUUCCAUCCCUCCGUCCCUGUCUCCCCUGGUCUUGUCAUGUUUAGUGCAAAUCGCGUCUGUCCGAAGAUCGCUCUUCAACAACGCGGAGAGGGCCAAGUUCCUCUCACACCUGGUGGACGGGGUGAAGAGGAUACUGGAGAACCCACAGAGCUUAUCAGAUCCAAACAACUACCACGAGUUCUGCCGACUGCUGGCCAGGCUAAAGAGCAACUACCAGCUGGGCGAACUGGUGAAAGUGGAGAAUUACCCAGAAGUUAUAAGGUUGAUAGCGAACUUCACUGUGACCAGCCUACAGCACUGGGAGUUCGCCCCGAACAGCGUGCACUACCUGCUGAGCCUCUGGCAGCGUCUGGCGGCGUCGGUGCCCUACGUCAAAGCCACAGAGCCCCACCUGCUGGAGACCUACACCCCCGAGGUCACCAAGGCCUACAUCACCUCACGCCUGGAGUCCGUCCACAUCAUCCUCAGGGAUGGGCUUGAGGACCCUCUGGAUGACACGGGAUUGGUGCAGCAGCAGUUGGACCAGCUGUCCACCAUCGGGCGGUGUGAGUACGAGAAGACCUGCGCGCUGCUGGUGCAGCUGUUCGACCAGUCGGCCCAGUCCUACCAGGAGCUGCUGCAGUCCACCAACUCCAGUGCCAUGGACAUCGCCGUGCAGGAAGGGCGGUUGACGUGGCUGGUGUAUAUCAUUGGGGCGGUGAUCGGGGGCCGGGUGUCUUUCGCCAGCACAGACGAGCAGGAUGCCAUGGACGGAGAGCUUGUGUGUCGGGUGCUGCAGCUGAUGAAUCUGACAGACUCUCGCCUGGCGCAGGCCGGCAAUGAGAAGCUGGAGCUGGCCAUGCUCAGCUUCUUCGAGCAGUUUCGCAAAAUCUAUAUCGGAGACCAGGUGCAGAAAUCCUCAAAGCUUUACCGGCGGCUCUCCGAGGUCCUGGGCCUGAACGACGAGACCAUGGUGCUCAGCGUGUUCAUCGGCAAAAUAAUCACCAAUCUGAAGUACUGGGGCCAAUGCGAACCCAUCACCUCACGGACCCUCCAGCUCCUGAACGACCUCUCCAUCGGGUACAGCAGUGUGAGGAAGCUGGUGAAACUCAGUGCUGUUCAGUUCAUGCUGAACAACCACACAAGCGAGCACUUUUCCUUCCUCGGCGUGAACAAUCAGUCCAACCUGAGUGACAUGCGGUGUCGGACCACCUUCUACACAGCACUAGGGCGCCUCCUGAUGGUGGACCUAGGUGAGGAUGAGGACCAGUUCGAGCAGUUCAUGCUGCCCCUAACGGCAGCAUUUGAGGCCGUGGCUCAGAUGUUCAGCACCAACACCUUCAACGAGCAAGAAGCCAAACGGACGUUGGUCGGUUUGGUGAGAGAUUUGAGAGGGAUUGCCUUCGCCUUCAACGCUAAGACUAGUUUCAUGAUGCUGUUCGACUGGAUUUACCCAUCCUACAUGCCCAUCCUGCAGAGAGCCAUCGAGCUGUGGUACCACGUACCUGCCUGCACCACACCUGUGCUCAAACUGAUGGCCGAGCUCGUCCAUAACAGGUCACAGAGGCUGCAGUUCGAUGUGUCGUCGCCCAAUGGAAUCCUGCUGUUCAGGGAGACCAGCAAGAUGAUCACCACAUACGGUAACCGUAUCCUGACCCUGGGGGAGGUGCCUAAGGACCAGGUGUACGCCCUGAAGCUGAAGGGCGUGUCCAUUUGCUUCUCCAUGCUCAAGGCCGUGCUGAGCGGCAACUACGUCAACUUUGGCGUGUUCCGGCUGUACGGCGACGACGCGCUGGACAACGCCCUGCAGACCUUCAUUAAGCUGCUGCUGUCCGUGCCCCACAGUGACCUGCUGGACUACCCCAAGCUCAGCCAGUCGUAUUACUCCCUGCUGGAGGUGCUGACGCAGGAUCACAUGACCUUCAUCGCCAGCCUGGAGCCGCACGUCAUCAUGUACAUCCUGUCCUCCAUCUCAGAGGGGCUCACUGCACUCGACACCAUGGUGUGCACAGGCUGCUGUUCCAGCCUAGACCACAUCGUGACGUAUCUGUUUAAGCAGCUGUCCCGCAGCACCAAGAAGAGAGCGCCCCCUAUGGGCCAGGAGAGUGACCGCUUCUUGCACAUCAUGCAGCAGCACCCAGAGAUGAUCCAGCAGAUGCUGUCGACUGUCCUGAAUAUUAUCAUUUUUGAAGACUGCCGGAAUCAGUGGUCUAUGUCCCGCCCACUGCUGGGCUUGGUCUUGCUGAACGAGAAGUAUUUCGCUGAUCUGAGGAACAGCAUCGUGAACAGCCAGCCUCCAGAGAAGCAGCAGGCCAUGCACUUAUGCUUCGAAAACCUGAUGGAGGGCAUUGAACGCAAUCUGCUCACAAAAAACCGAGACAGGUUUACUCAGAACCUGUCGGUGUUCCGGAGGGAGGUGAACGACUCCAUGAAGAACUCCACCUACGGCGUCAACAGCAACGACAUGAUGAGCUGACAUUCCUCCCGGCCACGCCCCCUCCUGCGGCCCCGCCCUCCCUCGUCCCGUUAGCCAGGGACCACCGCCACGCAGAACCCCCACACUCGCCCCGCUCCCCACCCACCUCCUACACUUAACCCCCUCCCCGCCCCAGUUAAAUUUAUAGAUCUAUACAUAUA